AUGACUUCCACCAUCGGUAUCCCAAUCAAGCUCCUCAAUGAGGCAGAGGGCCACAUUGUUACCCUCGAAAUCACCUCCGGCCAGACCUACCGCGGCAAGCUCCUCGAAGGCAAGUACAAACCAUCCCCCCCUCGCUGGACCUUUGCUCAAUAUUCUUGGGAGUUCAAAAUUGCUGAUCUGCUCAAGGACAUCACCGUCACCGCCCGCGACGGCCGCGUCUCCCACCUCGACCAGGUCUACAUCCGGGGCUCCCACGUCCGCUUCUUCAUCGUUCCCGACAUGCUGCGUAAUGCGCCCAUGUUCCGAAGCCGCAACGUCCGCGGGCGUGGUGUCGGUCUGGCCAGAGGUCGCGCCACUGUCAGCCGUGCUCGCGCCGGUGGCAGAGGCGGUCGGUAA